CCGCGAUCCGCGAAUACGACGAGUGCGUAAGUGUGUUUUCAAUGUCGUUAGUUUAAAAUUAAAAAGCACGUGGAAUAAAAUCUAAGAUUUUAAAACAUUCUUUUAAACAAGAUAUGUCUAUUUCUAAUGGUGAUUUAACCAACCCAGUUAAAGAAACAGUCGAAAUGGACCCUUUGGUGGAUAAACACACGCGUUUUCAAGUGAAUAGAGUCACCAAUAGCCCCGAGAGGGGCGAAAAUUCUCUUAUCGUUGAUAUUAAAGAGGAUGACGACGAGGAGGUUUUGGCGUAUUCAAUUUCGGAUCGAACCCGAUUGAAUUCCGAUUCCGAUACGAAAUAUGGAAAAAGUUUCAGGCAUUUUACCAGAGAAGCACUUCCCCGAUUAGAUAAUUACCGAAACAUCAUGUCUUUACAAGCGGCGAAUCGUCCAACUUUGGAUGAAUUGCACAACGCAACUUUACCGAACAAAAUGCAAACACCAACUCAUGAAAAAAAUGGUUUACCAAUAUCCGAAGGACAAUUAAAAUUCGGUUGGAUUCAAGGCGUUUUAGUAAGAUGUCUUUUAAAUAUAUGGGGAGUGAUGCUGUUUUUAAGACUUUCUUGGGUUGUUGCUCAAGCGGGUGUCGGCGAAAGUAUUUUAUUAAUUCUAACCACGACAUGUGUAACCGCGAUAACAUCGUUAUCCAUGUCCGCUAUAAGCACAAAUGGUGUUAUAAAAGGUGGCGGAACUUAUUAUAUGAUUUCGCGAAGUUUAGGCCCUGAAUUUGGGGGCUCAAUCGGAUUAAUAUUUUCUUUGGCUAACGCUGUUGCGUGCGCUAUGUACGUUGUUGGUUUUUGCGAAGCGUUACAAGAUCUUCUCGGCACAUUUAACGUAAAAAUCGUCGAUGGAAACGUUCAAGAUAUUCGAAUAAUCGGGGCGAUUACUUUGGUGGUGAUCACCGGGAUUGUUAUUUUUGGGUUAAAAUGGGAAGCGAAAGCGCAAAAUGUUUUAUUAGUUAUUUUAUUGGUGGCUAUUGUUGAUUUCUUUAUUGGGAGCUUAAUUGGGCCCAAAAAUGAGCACGAUAUUCAAAGAGGAUUUAUUGGAUAUAACGUGAGCUUAUUUAAUGAAAAUUUUUUCCCGGAUUAUCGCGUAUUCGAGGGUGUUCAUCACAAUUUCUUUUCGGUUUUUGCGAUAUUUUUUCCUGCGGCAACUGGAAUUUUAGCAGGGGCAAAUAUUUCCGGCGAUUUAAGAGAUCCUCAAAAAGCUAUUCCUAAGGGAACACUUCUCUCAAUCCUUUUAACGAGUUUAUCGUAUAUUUUAAUCGCUAUAGUUUGCGGUUUUACUGUAAUGAGAGAAAACAUCGUUUGCGAAAAUUCAACUGGGGUUGCAGAAAUGAUUUUAGACAACUUUACACAAAAUGGAACUUGUCAUGUUUAUGGAUCCCAUCACAGCUUUCAAGUUAUCGAAUUGGUUUCAUAUUUUGGCCCAUUAAUUUACGCGGGAUGUUUCGCGGCUACUUUAUCAUCAGCUUUGGCUUCUUUAGUAUCAGCGCCGAAAGUAUUUCAAGCUUUGUGCGAAGAUAAAUUGUAUCCGUACAUAUUUUGGUACGCAAAGGGGUACGGCCAAAACAACGAACCCGUUCGAGGGUACAUUUUAACGUUCGUUAUUGCGAUGGGAUUUAUUUUAAUCGGGGAAUUGAACUUAAUCGCCCCGUUAAUUUCGAAUUUCUUCUUAGCCGCGUACAUGUUAAUCAAUUUCUCUACAUUCCAUGCCUCUUUAGCUAAACCGGUCGGUUGGAGACCUACCUUUAAAUAUUAUAAUAUGUGGUUGAGUUUAUUGGGGGCGAUAAUGUGCGUUUUGGUGAUGUUUUUGAUUUCGUGGUGGACCGCUUUAAUAACAUUCGCGGCCGUUUUGGCUCUAUAUCUAAUUGUGUCGAUAAGAAAACCCGCUGUUAAUUGGGGAUCAACAACUCAAGCCCAAAUUUAUAAAAACGCACUUCAAGCUGUGCAUCAAUUAAACUCGGUUGAGGAUCAUGUUAAAAAUUAUCGGCCACAAAUUUUAGUUUUAUCUGGGAUGCCAAGCGCUCGCCCUGCUUUAGUGGAAAUCGCACAUUUAUUAACUAAAAAUAUUUCAAUGUUAGUUUGUGGCCAUAUUAACGCAAGCCCUUUACACCAAAGAAUAAGAAAUUUGUUAAAUUACAAAGCAAACAGUUGGUUGAGAGCUUUAAAAAUAAAAGCUUUUUAUAUGCAAGUUGAUGGGUUAUCGUUUGAAGAAGGUGCAAGGGCUUUAUUAAAAGCGUCUGGAAUUGGGAAAUUAAGACCGAACAUUUUAUUAAUGGGACAUAAAUCGGAUUGGCAAAAAUGCCCAAAAGAAGAUUUAGAUCAAUAUUUCGAAGUUUUGCAUACAUCAUUCGAUUUACAUUUAAGUGUUGGAAUUCUUCGUAUGCAAAACGGUUUAGAUUUUAGUGAAAAAACUGAAGACGGUGAUAAUCUCCCAAGAAACGCUUCAUACAGUCAAAUAUCGCAAGCAAGCAGUAACAGCGAUAUUUACAUCCCGGAAACUCCGCGAUCUCGUACUAAAGAAAACACGAUCAGUACUUGUCCUAAUCCAGAGGAAGAGGAUGGAUUAAAAAAGAAAAAUUCGGUUACAGAUGAAGGUGGUGAUGAUGAAGAAGAAUCGAUUACGAAAGAUAAAUUGGAAAGGAUGUUUCCGUUCCAAAAGAAACAGAAAAAAACGGGAACGAUUGAUGUUUGGUGGUUGUACGACGAUGGUGGAUUAACUUUAUUAUUACCGUACAUUAUUUCAACGCGAAGGAAUUGGAACCACUGCAAAUUAAGAGUGUUUACUUUAGCCAAUAAAAGAGAUGAAUUAGAAAUCGAACAUAUGAAUAUGGCCAGUUUAUUAAGCAAGUUUAGAAUCGAUUACUCGGAUUUGCAGAUAGUUCCAGAUAUUACCAAUAAACCGGCUGAUGAAACACAAACAUUUUUCGAAGGAUUAAUUGAGGAUUUUCGUAAACCAGAUAAUGAAUUGAUUACUGAAUCGGAAUUAUUAGCAGUGAAAGAUAAAACAAAUAGACAUAUGAGAUUAAGAGAGCUUUUAUUGGAAUAUUCCCACGAAGCUAGUUUGGUGGUAAUGUCAUUACCAAUGCCGCGUAAGAAUAUAGUUUCAGCUCCGCUUUAUUUAGCUUGGCUGGAAUUAUUAACGAAAGAUAUGCCACCGAUUUUAUUGGUCCGAGGGAAUCAAACGUCGGUUUUAACCUUUUAUUCUUAAAUGAAGGUAUUUUUUAUAUAAUACGGGUGGUUUUUUUGUGUAGUACAAGUCGAUGUCUUCAUGCUGGACAUGAUCAUAUUAAUUAAUUAUUCAAUUUUUUUAUUUUUAUCUUAUUGUGCACCGAUUUAUAGUAUUUUUUACCACAAUUAUAAUUAUAUCUAACCUUAUUUUGUAAUGUUAUGUAUUCUUUUUUGUAACAAAACGUUUCUGGUAAUAUGUUUUUCUUUCUU